CUUAAGGAUUUUAAAGUUACUAUAAAAAGAGUCGUUAAGUACUGUAAUUACUCCUCUAUGAUUAAUAAGUCAAAAUGGAUCAUCACCUGGGUACACUGUCCUUGAGAUCCUGUUCUUCCCAGGACUUUGGUAACCUGAAAAGAUAAAUAUUCAUGAUUAUAUGUUUGUAGAACUGUUUGUGCACAACACACCUGCUGACCAAUAACAGAAAUUUAAUUAGGUAUGAAGUUAUGUUGUCAUGGGAUUUGCAGUGAGAUCUGUCCGAACUAGGGAGUAGUUGACAUAUCAGUGGGUCCUAACCAUCCCAUAAACGCAUGAAAAACUGAGGUUAUGGGAUGUGCAGUUCGGCACCAGGUAGUUCCAUUCAUUCUACAAUAAAAAUGAAAGUGCAGCUCAAGCAGUCGGCAACUUAGCCAGAGCUGCAUUUGAGUUUAGAAAGCCGCAACUGAACUGCAUUCUGAGAAACAGAAGAGACAUGCCAUGCAUGUGCUAGAACAGUUAGUAGGAAUGUUUUCUGACAUAUGAUUUGAGUAACAGGAGCUUAUAGCAUAUAUAAAUAGAAAUAAAAGUUAACUGGUCAUUCCAGGUAACAAAACAACGUAAUCUAAAUUAAGGUGUUACAGUGCUAAGAGGGCCCCAGAGGCACGCUUACCUCAAGGUAAUUGCCUCCAGCGACAACAUCCACUCCACCAGAGGCGGCAUUUGGCCUCUGAAAAUCAUUGGAGAAACUGUUCCGAGAACAGUUUACCUCCUUGAGGUAAGUGUCUCUUGGAGCCUCCGGGCACUAUAACAACUUCAUUUAGAUUAAGUGGUUCUGGUGCCUGGAGUAACCCUUUAAGUACUAUAACAUUUUGUAUCGCCUUGGAUUAAUAAAAUGUGAAGAUGUACGGAACUACCGUGUAUCAAUACUCCUCCACUCAUGGAGUAGAUAAAAUGCACCAUAUAAGAUGGUACUUUGUGCUAUAAUUUUGUGCUAUUGAUUUUAAUGUUACAAGUUGCGUGGAAGAUUGCAAGCUCACUUUGGAGUGAGGCCUAGUGUAUGUUGUGUUUGGGAGAAUUUCAGCUUAGCAGGGGUAAAAAAAAAAAAAAAAAAGGUUUUCCCAAAAGUAAUAAAACCAAUUAACAACAGCCAACAUUAACAGUUUAAAACUUCUCUAAAGAAUGUGUGAUUACUUGGAGGCUGAACCACUGAAGUGAGAAUACAAAGUGAAUUUUAGACUUAAGGCCAAAAGCAUAGUUGGCUUAGAGAAUGUUCCCAUUUCGGCUCUUUUUACCUUAAAUUUAAAAUCCACUUUGAAUCCUCAUUUAGUGAAUAACCCUGAUAUUCCAGGUCUAUAUUCAACCAUUUCUAUACAGACUGCCUGUGCUAUCCUAGUUCCUGGAAUAGAGGAGGCCUGGGGUGAGAUGCUGCAAGCCUGCAUGGCAGUGAAGCUUUAUUGUUCAGUUUGAUACAUAGUGCUAGAGUGGGGUACAGUCAGGGGAUCACUGUGAGAGGCCCCCCCGGGCUCAAACAUGUUACCCCCUGAAACAAAGUGAAUCUAAUCUGAUGGGAGAGCCAGAGCCAAGGCCCAGGGUCCAUGCAUCAUGUCUAUUGCACACAUUUAAACCCAGAUCUCUCCCCCUAGGGUCACAAUAAGAGAUCCCUGUCCCCUCCCGACCCCAUCCCGCUACCGCUACCCGGGCCCCAUGACACCCGACACACAGUAACUAUGGAACAUGCGGCAAUUACCCGGGCGAGCUUGAUGGGCUGCACGCGGCUAGCUUCCAUUAUGGCUGCUGGAGUCAGAAGAGGGGUCACGUGGUUCAGUCGCCACCUUUUAUAGGUUCAGGGCGGGGCUUCGCCAUCGAGAACUGAAUCGACCAAUAGGAACCGAUCCGUCGCCAUUUUAGAAUGCGACCGCUUCCUUCCUUCUGCUUCAUGUUGAAAGCUGGAACCUAAGACGCCCGGAAGUGCUCCGAGCCAUAUUGAAAACGGGCAAUUGAUGUCCUGAGAGCUUUUUUUUUUUUUUUUAAAUAAAUAAUUGUAACUUUAUUGCGAUUUUUUUUAUUUUUUUUUACACAGAUUAAUUGUUUGAAGCUUAUAAUGUCGCUUGUGAUGUGGCGCUUGACUUUACUGCUAUUCACCUGUGCUUCCUAAAUAUUGUCUUGUUGUAUUUGUUUGCAAUUAUAAAUUGACACUUUCCUCCUCCCACAGUACUAGGUAGCACCUCCCCUGUCCUUGACCAGAAAGAUGGCGACUGCAACCAAAUUCAUCCAGAGGUUAAGGAAUUGGGCGUCUGGGGUAACAUUCUAUUACAUUUUAUACAUUAAUAUAUUAAUUAAUUAUCUGUAUGGUUAAACAUUGUUAAUAUUUUAAUUGUUAUUAACCAACCUCAGACAUUGUGCUAAUUAUUAUUUGAUUUCAUUACUUAGUAACAUAUAGAAUGACAAAAGACAACCCUGCAAAGUAUUCUGUAACUGUCAUUUUCCCCUAACUUCAACCAAACACUACCUAGUUCUGAAAUGGAACACUAUUCUUGACAAGAGGUAGUGAACGUAUUGUAUAUUGUAUAGUGAUCAGUAUUGGAAUCCCUCUGGAAUCUGAAUCUCAACACCUGUUUUGGGACCAUAUUUAAUAGAGAGAGAUGAUUGCCCAUAGACUUGCGCACAAAAGCCUUUCAGGUGGGUUGAACGAAUCAGACACAUUUAAUCUAUGCUCGAACAUAGAUUGAUCUGGAUUGAAUAAGAUUCCACAAGUUAAUCCUGAAUGGAAUGAUUUGUUCGGGCAUAGAUUAAAAGGAAUUUAAUUUGUACAACCCAUCUGAAAUGCAUUUUUACGCAAGUCUAGUUCCCAAUGUUGCAAGACUGAGGGAUAGUUAUCAGUACAAUGUUGUUGGUGAUUCCAUUGGUUUCCAUGGUGACUGCUCACUGUUAGAACAUUACACAGCUUUUCACAGUACAGCACUUAGAAAAAUCUCAUUCAUCAGACCCCAGGCAACUGAACACAACAUAUUGCACUACCUUCCACAGUGCAGUGGAAAUUCUUCUGACACUUGGAAAGGUCUAAUGAGCGUGUUUUGCAAAACACGCUCAUGUAUUUUGUAAUAAUUAAUCACCUAGUACAUAUAACACCAUGUGAACAAACCAUGGUAACCUUCUCCCCCACCACUGCUAACAACAAGAAGUUCCCCAUGCUGUCACUGCAGUAGGGACAGUGUGGGAAGCAUGUCCAGUGGCAACCCACUUCAAACACGGGUAACCGGUACACCACAUGCAAUUUGUUACUGGCAUAAUAAGUUUGUUUACUUCUUUAAACUAGGGAGUAAAUAGUAAGUAAUAUGUAAAUGAUAUGCUAUAUAAAAAAAAAAAAAACUGUUAUUCUAAACUUUAUGUAACAUUAAAGUGCCACUGUCACUGUUUGGGGAUUUUGCUGAAUUCGUAAAGUCCCUCAAUGGUGACAUUGCCGCUGGGGAUCUGGUGCAUGGGGGCAGGCAGGGUCAGGUAAAAGUUUAUUUACCUGAACCUGUCCCUCACAGGUGCAGCCAUCUUGAUCCAGUGGGUCCCCUUCAGAGCCGAUGUCACUGCUGUACUCUUGCGCAUGGGUAAAACAUUAAAAUCUAUAGAAAAUCCCACAGGAUGCCUCAUAGACACAGCCAAUUCCCUGCAGUCUCCACUGGUGACAGCUGUUGAGAUUGAUUCUUAGACUCCGCCCUGAGUCUAUGAAAUUCCAAAACAGUCAAAAUGAAUAUUUCAAAUAGAUUCUGCCUUUUCUUAAAUACUUUGUUUUUUGGGGGGCGGGGGUGGUGGGGUGACCAUGCUGUUGAAGCUUCUCAUUGAUUUCCAGAUAUUUUUUUUUUUUUUUCACCUCAAAUAAUGUGUUUUUUGUUUUUCUUGUAGCAAAAUCUUCAGGGUAAACUACAACUGCGUUAUACUGAAAUCGCAAAAAGGUAAAGGCUUAUCAGAAAAGAAGGCUGUUAUUAUUAUAUUAAAAAAAGUUUUUUUGCGGAACCCAUUAGCUAUCUUAAUGUUAGCUACAUAUGUUUUUUUAAAGUAAACCAUUUUAAUUUAAAUUAUAUUCCUGGCUGUACCGGCACACUAAAGCAUGCUAUGCAAUUGAAUAUAACCCACAAUGCUGUUCAUGCAGGCAUGGCACUAUUGGAGGAAUAAAACCAAACCGAUUACUCUUGGCUAUCAUAUUCAUCACCCCAAAUGUAUAAACAAAUCCAAAAGAAAGUUACAUGUGCACUCUCCCAAAUACCCAUGCACAUUUCAUUAAGAGAGCAUUUGCAAUGGUACUAAAAACUUAUUAUAAUAUGGCAGUAUAUUACGAAUGUAUUUGCAUGGCAUUUCUUUGCAGGUGUGCUAUGUGGCAAUAACCUCACGCUACACGUGGAAGUGCUGCAGAGGAACCUGUGUUUUAUUACUGUUGUUGCAUCUGUCAUCUCAGUAAUUGCUUUAAUAGUGUUUUACUAAAGAAAAAGAACUAUACAGUGUCACCUGCACAGAAAUAAUAGUUCUGCUUUAAUGAUCAGAAAUGUAUUUUGUGAAUAUGGAGGAUAAUAAAAAAUAAAGGGAACACUUAAACAACACAAUGUAACUCCAAGUCAAUCACACUUCUGUGAAAUCAAACUGUCCACUUAGGAAGCAACACUGAGUGACAAUCAAUUUCACAUGCUGUUGUGCAAAUGGGAUAGACAACAGGUGGAAAUUAUAGGCAAUUAGCAAGACACCCCCAAUAAAGGAGUGGUUCUGCAGGUGGUGACCACAGACCACUUCUCAGUUCCUAUGCUUCCUGGCUGAUGUUUUGGUCACUUUUGAAUGCUGGCGGUGCUUUCACUCUAGUGGUAGCAUGAGACGGAGUCUACAACCCACACAAGUGGCUCAGGUAGUGCAGCUCAUCCAGUAUGGCACAUCAAUGCGAGCUGUGGCAUUUUUUCUCCUCAUUACGAUCAGCGGCUAUAUGCUAUGUUUGGAAAGGGGAGAGACCAAGGCUUCGACAUGACUUGCUCUGCCUACCGAGAUGCCGGGGUGGACUAGCGCUACCAGACUUUAAAUGGUAUCACCAAGCUACAGUCCUUCCGCGUAUUCUGGAAUGGCAUGCUGGUACACACCGGAAACAAUGGGUAGCCCUAAACAGAGACGGACAAGAAGCUCGUUUAAAGUCCAAUAUAUGGAUGGGGGGCCCCAGAGCCGGUGAUAGAGAAGAGUCGGCCGGGAUUAUAGCCCAGACACUUGCCAGCUGGGCACUCAUGAGGGACCAACCCCAUAUCUCCCCUAUACCAAGCCCGUUGCUCCCCAUCACUCACAACCCAGCGAUAGGAGGGGGAUUCCCGACGAGGGCAUGACCCUUUGCGGAUGGUCGCGAACAUGUACCUAUCUCCACGGUUCUGCGAGAUGGCAACAUACGAUCUUUAGACUCCUUGUUAGGAGACCUUACCUGGUUUGAAACGAGAUGCAAAAGAGGCUCAUCAUUGGAUAAGACUAUAUCCACCUUCUACCAACAUCUUAUGGUGGGUAACGUAGCAGAAAACAACACUUUUCGCAGGCAAUGGGAGACUGAUGGAUACCACCUUCACCCCCCAACAAUGGGAGGGGCACUGCUCUGGCAACACAAAAGCUCCAUUAGCACCCAUUACCAAGAGACGAAUUACAAACUAAUCGCGCUAUGGUAUAGGAUCCCGACACUACUCCACAGAAUCUUCCCUACAACGCCACCAACAUGUUGGAGAUGUCUCAAAGAAAGGGGCACGACGAUACACAUAUGGUGGGAAUGUCGCCUCGUAGUCCCGUACUGGGAGAUGAUCAGAGAGAAAAUAACCGGCGGCAUUGCCCCUUCUACAUAUUUCAACACUGUCGAUUGUCGCAUACAAGAAAUCAAUUUUACGUAAUUUACUUAAUGCAGCCAAAGCUCUGAUCCCGCUAUACUGGAAAAGGACGGAGACGCCCCGAAUGGAGGAAUGGAUCCGCAGGGUGGAGGACAUUCAGGGGGAGGAGGCGAUCCAGGCUUCACUACUCGGGAGGGUAGACAGGCACGCAGAAAUGAGGCGACCAUGGUUCACGUUCGUGUCCCAGAGCAGUCAGAGAUAGGCAGCAUGCGGGGGGACACCUUGGGGGGGAGGUUGGCUCACUGGAGCAUGACCAUUCACACCUGCUCUACCCUACCCAACUUGAACUACAUCCGAGACAAGGGGCAACUCUUCUCCUCUUACCCUACUACUAAAUACUUUCUAAUUUCCACUUGUAACUCUUAACACAUACACACGCUUAUAAGAUUAGGACAUACACGCACCAUGAGGAGGAACCUGCCUUGUAAUAGGAAACACUCAGGUCGACUACGCACAACAAAUUUGGUAACCACUCAUCCCCGCUUAUCGGGCCACUUAGAACGACUCACAAACAUAUGCACACCCCCUUUAGGGUAGGCUAGAGGGGGCUGCCCACCUAAAGAAUGACCUUAUACUCACUAGUAACGUCCACAGACCCAUAACGAUACAUAAAGGGAGAUGGGGACGAUCACACGGAGCCUCCUGAAAACGAAUUAUCCCUGGCUCGGCUUAGAAUACACCUUGAGAGGGCCCCAGUUAAAUGUGCCACAAGAAGACCCAUAAGUUGUAGGACACGUUCAGGAAAAGAUAUAACCAAAGGGGCGGCCAACAGUUCUACGCAACGGAGUCCGGGGGAAAAAGAUAGUUUGGUACUAUGUAGCGUGCUGACCAUAACUGUGCAUGUAUUUACGGUUUUCAGGCCAGGCAGACCUGGAUACAUAACGUUAAAAUGUCCGUUAAAAAUUCCUAUGUACAUAACUGCGUUAAGUUAUAAAACUUCUUGGACCUGCGCAUCCACAAUGUCACAACUUUUUACAUCUGUUAUUAACUGAUAUAUAACUCACAAAAUACCAAUAAAAAAAGAUUUACAAAAAAACAAUGAUAUCAUCAGUGAAAGUGCCGUUUGUUUGUGAAAAAUGCAAAAAACUUCACUUUCACUGACAAUAUCAUCGCUGUGAUAUGUUUUACUGUUUUGAAACACUAAUAUUUGUGUUUAGCUAAGUCUCCAAAGUAAAACACUACCCCCUAUGUACAGGUUUUUGGGUGUCAUAGAAAGUUACAGGGUUAAAUACAGUGCUAGCAAAUUAAAUUCUCUGGAUUUUCAGCCUGGGCUGUCAGGCAGGUCCCUCAAAUUGCAAUCAAUAAAAUUACUUAAUUAUGUAAAAAUAUGACAUAAAUAUGCAUGUAGAAUUUAAAUAUGUAGAUAUAUAUAUUUGAAGUCUACGUGUAUAUUCAUGUAAUUUUGUAUGUGGAUGGUUUUAUAUAUAUAUAUAUAUAUAUAUAAUAUAUAUAUAUAUAUAUAACCAUCCACAAUAUCCUUGCACUCCAGCUUCAAAAAAUCAUUCAGACCGGGUGCUCAAAAUCAGGGGAAAUGUUACAUACCAGUCUGUGUUGAUCAGCACUCACGGAUUUCCAAAGUCAAGUUAAAAAAACCAAAGUUUAUUAAUCCAUUAAAAAAGAGCCUUUAAUGGAUUAAUAAACUUUGGUUUUUUAACUUGACUUUGGAAAUCCGUGAGUGCUAAUCAACACAGACUGGUGUAUGUAUGUAUAUAUGUAUAAAUAUCAAAAUACAGUUAGAAUAAAAUUACAUAUUUUUUUUUUUUUUUUUGUUAAAAUUAUUUAUACAUUUUAUUUACUUAUUUAUAAAAUCGUGUGUAAUUUAAUUCUGAGUGUAUUGUUAUAUUAAUAUAAAAAUACACUUGGUAUGACAUAAUAAAAAAAAUAUAUAUACACACAAACAUAUAAUUAUAUUUUUAUUUAUUAAAAAUAUUUUUAUUUUAUUUUACAGAUGCAGGAAUCUUCCUGCAGGGGGACUGCCUGAACUAAUCGGCAGUCCCCCUGCAGGCAGAUUCACGGACGUCUAUUGCGGCUAUGUGACCGCUUCGUAAUAGUGAUCACAUGGCUGCGGGGGCCUAAUUCACCGAGGGGGGACUGUCUGUGCUGUCAGGCAGUCCCCCCAGACCGGUAGCGGGGGAACAGCGGUGAUCAGGUAAGUAAAUAUUACCGUUAUGAUGGUUCAGGACCGUCAUCGAUCCUCAAGGGAAUGUUUCUGAUGACAGUCCUGAACCUGGAUUCCUUGGAGUUUGUUUGCUGGACAGCUUUGAACCACAACUCAGGAAAAGACGCAAAGCCAGUAAACCACUCACCAACAACUGGUAGGGGGUCUCUCUUUCACACUCCUGAACAACUCAGGGGGGGGUUCCUUCUUCCCCUCCCUUCCUCCCAUUUAUAUUUAAAAUAUUAUUCAAAGUAUUGCUGGGGUAGCAGUACACUUUGUACUUUUGGUUUAGGUAGUCAAGAUUCAGCAGGGUAAGGCAUUAAUGAUCAUCUGUUUUAGGACAUUAAAAAAAAAAAAAAUUUGGUUAGAGCAAUAAUGAUGCUGAAAUAAAGAGAUUAUGCUUUAAAAAAAACCUAUGAGACUAUGUUCAAGUUGCUGUAAAAGAAAUCACUGCAAUUUGCCCAUGGUACAGUUCUACAAUUCUUAAAAUGCAUUUUUUUAAUUCUUGCCUUUCAGGACACCGCCACCUCCAAGUUUGCCAGUAGGACCCAGUCACAAAUUAGCAGACAACUAUUACUGUACAAGAGAUGGCCGCAGAGGAACUAUGCCCCCUACUGUCAUAAUGUCACCAUUCAAUGCCCUAACUCCUGGAGUUCCUGCAGCCAAGUUAGUAUUUACUUUUUAAAAGAAUUUGUACUAUUAUUUAUAUUUAUAUAUCAUUUUUUUUUUUUUUUCAAUAUUAGCGAUUUAAAUUAUAGUAUUACUGUUUGUCAUAUUACUUCUUUUUGUAAUUCACAAAAAAAAGGAGUACAUUAUGUACUGUUUUGGGAGAUUCACAUGAUGAUUUUCACAUCGGCUACUAGUUUUUAAAAACUGUAGGCGAGUACAUCUAUAUGCCAUCAGUAUUUUCCCAUAAUGGGUAGUAGGUAUGGAACAAUAUAGAACAAGUAAAGGGGGUGGAGCCGAGCCGACCUGCCAACUACACGAGAGCUCUGAGAAGCUGGCAAACUUAAACAUCACUGUGGGGCAUCUAAAACCCCCUUUACAUGAAUGAAUGCUCCAAAUCAGCAAGAGAUACAGCAUGGGUCACAAGACCAAAAAACAGAAGGCAGAGAAGCCACGUAUAGCUACCGUGGCAGGCACAUGGCGCAGCAGGGCCCAAGAUGGCCUCCUAUGCCAGAUGAAGACAUGGUAACUCCUCUGGUCACACACCUCCAAAUGCGGAGGCUUCCUAGGUGACUACCGUGGUACAGAAGGAACUUCUUGCAGAUCUCCAGAAGAAUAUGCUAACAAACAUGGCGACACUCUGCACUGACAUACAAGGCCUAACGGGCAGAACGGGGGCUCUGGAGACAACAUCUGCCAACCACAUGCUUCAAAUUGUUGCAUUGCAAACAGAGGUUGAAGUGCUACAAUAAUAAAAUGAGCUGAACGAACGGCGCUUUGCAGCAAUGGAGGACUCAAGAUGCAGAAACAACCUGAAAAUCCAGGGCAUUCUAGAACACGUAAUUAAAUGACUAAAAGGCGCCUAACGAUCCGGAAGUCCCUCUAGUGGGACACAUACACACCUGUGUUAAAUUUCUUGAUUUUAGUAACUGCUUAGAAAUAACCAGAAAUAAUAAACUAACUGAUUGACUUGAUAUGUAAUAUUUGAUGUAACACACAUUUUACUAAAUCACUGCAUUUUGUGUCUUCCCAGUUCUGACACAGCAGUUGCAGUACCCACAAAAAAGCCAGUGACUCCUGGACCUCCACCUCCAAAAUUGGAAUUAUCUACAGAUGAGCCUUAUCUGUGAAAAUGUAUAGGAGAUAUUUACUGUGACUGUGUAUUCUAAGAACAAUGGCCUCAUUACUAAACAAUUUGUGUAAAUAUACUCCAGUGGAUGAAACCUUUUUGUUUCCUUGCUUGUUUUCUUUCCUAUAGAGAUAACUAAACUUAUUAAAAUUAUAUCACAGAGUUGGCAGUCUACCUAUUAUUUCCUUUUGAGACUUGGGAGUGUCUUCACUGUCGAUUGUCGCAUACAAGAAAUCAAUUUUACGUCAUUUACUUAAUGCAGCCAAAGCUCUGAUCCCGCUAUACUGGAAAAGGACGGAGACGCCCCGAAUGGAGGAAUGGAUCCGCAGGGUGGAGGACAUUCAGGGGGAGGAGGCGAUCCAGGCUUCACUACUCGGGAGGGUAGACAGGCACGCAGAAAUGAGGCGACCAUGGUUCACGUUCGUGUCCCAGAGCAGUCAGAGAUAGGCAGCAUGCGGGGGGACACCUUGGGGGGGAGGUUGGCUCACUGGAGCAUGACCAUUCACACCUGCUCUACCCUACCCAACUUGAACUGCAUCCGAGACGAGGGGCAACUCUUCUCCUCUUACCCUACUACUAAAUACUUUCUAAUUUCCACUUGUAACUCUUAACACAUACACACGCUUAUAAGAUUAGGACAUACACGCACCAUGAGGAGGAACCUGCCUUGUAAUAGGAAACACUCAGGUCGACUACGCACAACAAAUUUGGUAACCACUCAUCCCCGCUUAUCGGGCCACUUAGAACGACUCACAAACAUAUGCACACCCCCUUUAGGGUAGGCUAGAGGGGGCUGCCCACCUAAAGAAUGACCUUAUACUCACUAGUAACGUCCACAGACCCAUAACGAUACAUAAAGGGAGAUGGGGACAAUCACACGGAGCCUCCUGAAAACGAAUUAUCCCUGGCUCGGCUUAGAAUACACCUUGAGAGGGCCCCAGUUAAAUGUGCCACAAGAAGACCCAUAAGUUGUAGGACACGUUCAGGAAAAGAUAUAACCAAAGGGGCGGCCAACAGUUCUACGCAACGGAGUCCGGGGGAAAAAGAUAGUUUGGUACUAUGUAGCGUGCUGACCAUAACUGUGCAUGU